AAACAAAGGUUCCAGAAAAGAUGUCCCUUAGAAUAAAUGAUGCACCAACCACUCCAGUGUUAUUUGACAAGAAGAUAAAAGGGCAUAGACCACUUCCUAAGAGAGGGCAAGUUAAGGCAAGGAUAGUUGCCUUGGCGUUGCAUUCGUUGGCAGCCAUGAUCACCAUGGCUGCCACUCGACAUUCAAAUUCCACCCCAAAAUCCUAAGAAAUACGUUGACGCAUGGGAAGCGUGAACAAUUCUUUAUGCAUGAGAUAACAAUGACAGAAGAUUGACCAGUCAGAGUAGAGCGACCUCAAAGGUUAUAGAGAGUUUUGUAUAGUGUCAUUUUCAUUGGUUUAUUGUAUUUAUCAGAUGUCUUUUCCGCGUGUUGUAACAAAUUUCCAGUGUCCAAAAAAAGAAAAGAAAAAAAGCCAAGAAAAUAGAAAAUCUCAUGAUACACAUUGUCAUAAAACCAUCUUGAAGAUUGUUAAAUUUGGUUCUAUACUAAGUGGAUACCUUAAGUACAAUGCAAGGCAGAGACAUCAAAGCAAAUAAAAUAGGCAAGGAACAGGUCCUUUCCUCAAUUUCAAGGCUUUAAAGCAAAGUUUUUAUGCUUUUUUUCAAUCAUGGGUUCAUAUAUAGAUAAUGUAUAGUUUCAAUAGUUUUGAUAUUAUCAAUUAAAAUGGCAUUAUCAGGCCAACUUCUCCAGCAUAGUCUAUGGUCCAAACCGGAGUUUACGCAUACCCUGAGCGUCCCAUCAUUACUGAAAGCUAAACAUGAAUCAGUUAAGAAGCUAUCACAACGAAAACUUAAAAUACGAGGCAUCAAGAACAAAUCCAACUGUUUGGUUACAUUUUCGAAGUUAAAUCCUGAGAAUGGCACGAGUAUGAGUGCACUUUCUCCAGCCGACACAAUCAAGAAGUUCUACUCUAGUAUCAACAACAAGGACAUGAACCAACUAGCACAGCUCAUAGCCGAAGAUUGUUUCUAUGAUGAUUUCUCCUACACUCAACCAUUCCAAGGGAGAAAGGAGGCUCUGAAAUUUCUGGGGCAACUAAUCACAUGCAUGGGGAAGAACACAGAGUACUGCAUUGAACACAUUUAUGAGGGAGUUGACCUCACAACUAUGGUAAACUGGCACUUAGAGUGGAACAACAAACAGAUUCCUUUCACUAGAGGCUGCAGUUGCUACGAAUUAUCAAGAGACGGAGAAGAAAUAGUCAUAAGAAAUGGAAAUUUAUGCAGGAAAGCUCAAGUAAUUGUUGAAUCACCAAUCAAACCAGGAAGCGUAGCUUUGGAAGCAUUCCAGAAGGUCAUUUCAGUAUGUGAUGCUUUCCCUCAGGCUGCUGAAUGGUUGUUCGUGAUGAGUCCUGAACUGAUAACUUCCUAUUCCCGCUACACAUCAUGGCUCAGUUACAUGUCAACCUUAAGUCCUUGGAGUGGUUCAAAAGAUCAGGAUCAAACUCCAAAGAAUGACUAGCUUUGUAAUUAAGUCCUAAAGCCCA